CCCGAGCCUCCGCACCCCGAGACCGGCCAGCACCAGCCCCCACCGGCACCAUGAGCUCCCAGAUCCGCCAGAACUACGACCCCGAGAGCGAAGCCGGCACCAACCGCCUGGUGAACCAGCUGCUACGAGCCAGCUACAGCUACCAGUCCCUGGGCUAUUUCUUCAACCGGGACGAUGUGGCGCUGGCCCAUUUCUUCGAGUUCUUCCGGCACCUGUCGGGCGAGAAGCGGGAACAGGCCGAGCGGCUGCUGGGCUUCCAGAACCGCCGGGGGGGCCGCAUCCUCCUGCAGCCCAUCCAGAAACCGGAGCAGGACGAGUGGGGGAAUGGGGCGGCCGCCAUGGACUUUGCCCUGAAGCUGGAGAAAACCGUCAACCAGGCGCUGCUGGACCUGCACAAGGUGGCCAUGAGCCACGCGGACCCCCACAUGUGCGAUUUCCUGGAGACCCAUUACCUGGACGAGGAGGUGAAGCUCCUGAAGAAGCUGGGUGACCACGUGACCAACCUGCGGCGCGUGGGGGCCCCCGAGGCGGGGCUGGGCGAGUAUCUCUUCGACCGGCUCACCCUGGGCGACAGCAGCUGAGCCCCGAGCUGCCCGCGGCGCCGGCCCUUUAAAUCCUGCUGCCCCGCCGGGCCGGAGCCCCCCCCCCCCGAUCACGGGGUGACCUGCCCCCUCCAAAGUCUGUAACUGGCAUUGAAUAAAGGCUUGGUAUUAGCACUC